GGUAAAUAGAAACUUCGACACAUUUAUCAGUCUGUGAAUUAUUGUCUUCAUGUUAUUUACCUUUGUUGACAGCGCAGGGAAAACAUCGCUAAAUUCAGCGGACCGCGCCGAAGUCUUAGGGGAAUCGCCGACCAAUUUGGGACUCUAGUAGGCUAGUCUUCAGGCUCUGAAUGUGACUUCCCCUCUAGCUUUGCAUGAGAAUGCGGACAGAAAAUAGAAAAAUAUCGGGAGCUUGCUGAGGCACGAGUGAAGCAGCCUCAUAUUGUCAGAUAUCCUUUUGUAAGAUUUGUCAAUAUUGACUUGAGAUUCAGGGGAGCAACAUCCACACGAGCAUGGAGGGGCUCUCGACAACUCAUAUUCUUGAACACCAUCUCACCAUACAACUACAACAUCCUUCCGUCAAGUUCGCACUCCUUCCAAACCUACAAAACAGCACAUAUUCCAUUUCGCUACUACCAUAAUCAACAUGGCCGACGCCACCACUGAACCCAAGGUUGCUCCAGCGGAGACUGAGAAGCCCCUCCAAGUUGAGGCAAAGGAUGAGGCUCCCAAGGAGACUCCACCUACCUUGACGGAGCAGGCCACCAGCGCGGUUUCUGCUGCUGCCACCACCGCCACGACCGCUGCCUCAAAUGUCACUGAUAAUGUCUUCUCUAUGUUCGGAGGAGGAGCGAAGAAGGAGAAGGUUGAGGACGAGGACCGUGGAGAUAACUCUGGUUCUGCAAAGGCGCAGAAGGCUGCCGCUGCUGAGGAGAACCCAGAGGAGGAAGCCCCGGAGUCUGAGGACGUUCACUUCGAACCCGUUAUUCGUCUCACCGAGAAAGUCGACGUCAAGACCAACGAGGAGCUUGAGGAGCAGACCUUCAAGAUGCGCGCCAAGCUGUUCAAGUUUGUCCGUGAUUCCAAUGAGUGGAAGGAGCGUGGAACUGGGGAUGUUAGAUUGUUGAAGCACAAGGAGAACGGCAAGACAAGAUUGGUUAUGCGAAGAGACAAGACUUUGAAGGUCUGCGCCAACCACUACGUCGUCCCGGAGAUGAAGCUCUCUCCCAACGUUGGAAGUGAUCGCAGUUGGGUGUGGAACGCUGCUGCUGAUGUCAGUGAGGGUGAGCCAGAGGCGCAAACACUUGCUAUUCGAUUCGCCAAUUCUGAGAACGCCAAUCUUUUCAAGGAAGCAUUCAUCAAGGCUCAACAGGAGAACGAGGCUCUGUUUAACAAGGCAUCUUAAUCGUUGUCCGUGUCAUUGGAACAUCUGAGCACCUCUGGAUUUGAUUGCACAAAAAACACAGCACAGCACAGCACAGCACAGCAUAGACCCCCCAAAAUUCACGACAGUUACGAGAACACCCCCUUUACAGCUUCAUUUCCCGCGAUCGAGACUUCCAUAGGCGCGACGCUUUUUCGAGCAAUCUUUGGUAUCACCGAGGGUCGAUCUGCACAUUUAUGGCGGUCUUGGUCACAUCCGGGCAGCAUGGUUCAAGGAUUGAGGAUGGUGGAGGAACUGAAAUUCGGAGAAUUGCCUUCAGCCUCAUGUCAAAGGCUGCGGCAUGAUAUUGUAGUUAGACUAAAUAGCAUUCCCUCUUUGUCCCCCCG